AUGUGGCAAAGGAAAAUAUCAAGACGAAAGGGCCAAACAUCUUGCAAAUCGUGUAAGGACGGCGAAUACAAUAUUCAAAAUGGACAAACAAAAUGCGAACUUUGUCCAGUUGGUCAUUAUUGUUAUUGGAAAGGUGCAUCGCCGAUAAAAUGUGGCAAAGGAUAUUAUCAAGAUCAAAGAGGACAGACAUUUUGCAAACGGUGUAAAGAUGGCGAAUACAAUAUUCAAUCUGGACAGUCAAAGUGCAACAUUUGUCCAGUUGGUCACUAUUGUUAUUGGAAAAAUCAAUCACCUAAAAAUUGUCGUAAAGGACGAUAUCAAGACCAGAAAGGUAAAACAUUUUGCCUAAUUUGCCCAUCAGGUAGCUUUUGUCCGUCAACUGGCCCUGUAGUACCCGGCAACAAAACAAUGUUGGCAAUUCGCAAUUCCGUGAAAUAUGCGGCCAAAGCUUACGAAGACGUUGAACCUGCCGACUCGAGAUUGGUCGACGAGAAAAAUGAUAUUCAAGGUUUCGUAAAGUACCAGGGUAAUACGAUUGUUGUAUCUUUUCGAGGCACGGACGAUAUCAAUGACUGGUUUCGCAACAUCAAUAUUCUGAGAAAAAAAUAUCGGGGCUGUAAAAACUGCAAAGUACACACUGGAUUUUCUAACAUUUAUUACUCAGUGCAACAGCAGAUGUUUUCAAAAGUAAAAGCUUUAUCUCAUGUUCAUUCAAACUCGACAGUUCUUGUCACAGGUCAAUCACUUGGUGGAGCAUUGGCAACGUUUGCAGCAGUUGAUUUGGCUAAGGCUGGAUAUCAUGUUGAUUUAAUAACUUAUGGCUCACCCAGGCUUGGUAACAAAGAAUUUUCUGAAUAUGUCGACAAUACUCUGAACGGCUUGAAUCUAAGAGUGACAUUCAAGAACGACUAUGUUUCGGUUCUUCCUCCGAAACUAUUAGGAUAUUGGCAUGUUGGACAAGAAAUUCAUUGCGUCGGUCGAAAAAGUUGCUAUGAGUUUCCACUAUACGAAGAUUUCACGCAUGUAAGAACAAGCAUCAACGAUCAUACGAUGAUUAAUUAUCUUGCAAUUUAA